UCCAGGGCAGAAGAAACACCUAGAGACAAAGCUGUAAGGGACUGUCUCUUCAAGGGGCACACAUGCUCAAGCUGACAUGGAUACCAUCUUGGUUUUCAGCCUGAUUAUUACAUCCUAUGAUGCCAACAAGAAAGAACCCAGAGGGAGCAGCUGCCAAGUGGAGGAGCUCCCUGGGCUCUUCCCAGAGGAUGUGGGAAGCAUCAGGGGUACGCUAAUGCCAGAAGCCCAGGCAGAAGCCAACAGAUCCACCUUCAUCCAGAACCUGACUGUGGCUACCUUGCAGUGCCUUGGCUCUGGGAGGAGAGUGAGACUCAACCUUGUACAUUCAGAGAAAAGGCCAAAGGUCAAGCACACUCUAAAGAACCUGAGAGUCAUCGCUGCUCCCCACAGGAACAGCACUGCCUUCCCCAGCUGUCAGCUAACCCUCACCUCCAAGUCUCAGGCCGGAUCCCUUCUAACGGGCAAAGCUUUUUUACCAGGAAUCUCCCAAUGUAAGGUCUAUCCAGUGAUGAGAGCCUCGUCAGAGACUUUUCCCACCACGACCACCUCCUUAACUGCAGGGAAUGAAGGAGAGGAAACUACAAGUAUCGAUGACUUUUCUAGCUCUUUCACACAAGACACAGACAAGGACCUAGAGGAGAGGCGGAAAUGGAGCGCUGUGGUCAAAUUUCUGAUUGCUGUCACUCUGUUGCUCAGUGCAAUUGCCAUUACAGUGUUUGUCAUUUUUGAAGUCCCUUGUCCUAGACAAUGCCUGAGAGCCAGAGAGCUGUGCCGAUGCCCGCGCUUGUGGAUAAAGCGAAGGGAGGGAGGCCAGCAACCUGAGGCAGCGGGAUCCCAGCCUGCCUCUCAGCCGGAGAAGGAAAGUGUUCUCUGUGUGGAUGGACAAAAUGCUCCCAACUCAAGCUCAGAGAAAGCCACAGAGGUCACUGUCAUCUACCAGACAUACUUCUGAAAAGUUCUGCUCUGCCUCACACUCUACAUUCUCCCUAGUAUUAAUCAAGAUAGGCAGAUUGUUGCCAAUUCUACACUCUUAUCUUCAGCAGGAACAUUACAAUAAAAAAAGUACUGCCAGGUCCAUGAAGGGGGAGCGCGGGCUUAGCAAUCAAUUACCUUCAUGCCACUGCUACUGACUGAGUCACAAGCCUCUGGGAUUUACUCUGCACUUCCACAAUAAAUGGGUAUCUUCUCAUCCCCUCCAAUGAAAACAGCAAGUCUCCCCUCUAAGCACUGUGAAUGGGCCUAUUGCUUCUUUUGACAAAAGGUUUAAACACAGCCUCCAACGAACAGGGAAAAGCAGCCACAAGUGUGGCUCAGUUCACCAGCUGCUGUGUUAUCUUCCCUGCUGACUCCAUGCUCACUGGCUCUCAACUUGGCUUCGGGUGGUGUUCCGGUUUUCUCAAGGCUCACAGUCAGUCGUAAGGUUUUAUGAUUUAGCCUCUGCUAAAUCACAGGUAGCUAGCAACACACUGGUGAAAGGAAUGUGAAUUUAAGCAUUCUGAAUGUCCUCCUCAGAAACCUCUAAAGGGCUGAGAGACUGCAUACUAAUAGGACCCAGAUGAGGUCUCCUGAUGACCCGGAGUUCCUAAAGUGGGUCUGACGCAUCCUACCAUAACAGUGAGCCGUGUGCACUUUGAAGAGGACGCCAGAGCAAAAUGAUUAUGACGAUCUUUCUCUUGGAGGCACAGGUGUGAGUAAAGUCUGACCUGCUUAAGUAAGAGUUUAGCAAAAAAAGAAAAAGUAUAAAGAGCUGAUGCUAAAGCAGGAUUUAGGUUAAAGAGAGAGAGAGAGAGAGAGAGAGAGAGAGAGAGAGAGAAUGGUGAGAGGGACAAAACUAGUCCUGCCUCUUUUCCUAAGAGGCUAAAACCAUUCCAUUUUGUUUUGGUGAAAUGCGCCUGUUUCUAAGUAAUUGUUUUCUUAGUUCACUGGCAAAAACCACACACAACUUGUAGCCUUUCACUCACUUCAAGUAUUUGCAAAAAAUAAAAACAGUGGUUCUCAAAUCUGUACCAACAGAAGAAUAUAUCUCGCCAUAAGCCCUGAAUUUACAUGCAAGCCAAGCCUGGAAGAGAUGGAACAGACACAAAACGUGGAUGAUGGUAGUUUUCACGGAAGCCCUAGAAAUCCUCUAGGCAGCCUAAAGUUCCAUAGACUUGGAAAUGCAGCAGGUAAAAACAGAGCACUGGGGCUCGCGUUUGGAUAAACGAGUGUGUUAUUUGCACCCUCCCACUGAUUCCCAUGACCUCCAGUUCAGCCUGCCACCUGUGGUUCAGUCCGAUCAUGAAGCAGAAAAAAGAGAAGACAGUUUUUUGCUGCCCGAAUCAUGAGGGAGGAUGAUUAAAAGCAUCCUAUAUUCAGAAGCUCGUGGUCUAGAACUGCUGUCUAUACUCAUCUACACCUUUCCCAGCUUCCUCCACCUCAGAAUGUCCUUCCGUCCAGAAACAAGAGAUUUCUCAGGAGACGAAAUCUGGAGCAAAGUCAACAUUUGUUAAGUCUUCUGCAAAGAGUUUAUUUUGUAUAACAUUUAUAGUGACUUUCUUUACAGAAACUCACUGAUGGGAUCACAAUUAUUUAUUUUGUUUGGGGGACAACUUGUUUCCCCUGACAAGGCAAGGAGCCGCCGAGGAUUCUCUGACUCCCUAACCAGUUAACCACUUUGAAUCCCGUAUUCUCUUAACAGUGAAGAUCUUUGAAAACCAAGAGAUGAAUGGGACCCAGAGCCCAGAGCAGAAGGGAAGGGAAAACACCCUUAUGGACUUUGGGCUGGGCACUGCUGUCUGCAGAUCACUUCGUGGCAGGACACAAUCCUCCCUGUCACCACUAGAGAGUAAGUUAUAGUCUAGUCUGAACUUGACAAAACACUGUUUCCAUGGAAUGUCAACUAUUCCUCUCAGAAGUGACUAGUUAGCAAGGUUUUCAUUGCAAAUUCUUUCUCAUUAAAAGUUGCCACCCUUUGGUUUUCAAUUAUUAAAAUACAUUCUCAUUAUAACAAUUUUUAGAAAAUACUGAAAAACAUAAAGAAUAAAAGAAAAAAUAUUAUACCUAAUCCUUCCUCCCAGGGGUAAUCAUGAACACUUUGAUUUAUAACUCUUUGAUUUAUAUAUCCUUAUAUAACUCUUUGAUAUACAUAUCAUUAGAUGUAAAAAGACACAUAUGUCACAAAUAACAUCAUAUUCUUCAUACCAUUUUAAAGCUUUCUCCCCUUUUUUUGGCUAAUAUAUUAGUACUACAUGCCCAGGUACCACAAGUAUUGUGUUUUUUUCAAGUCUUAGAGAAGACUGAAAGUCACUCUACCUUUUCUAAGGGUCUAAAUCACCCCAAUACUUUUUAAUAGAUCCAAAGAUUAAGGUAAGAAGUUGGCUAGGGCAGAGAAGCCACACUGGCAGAAAAUUCCAAUUUAAACAUUUGAAGGUAUUGCUGAAUGAUAUUAAUAGUUGUAUGUGUGUAUGUGUUAAA